AUGAGCAAAGCAAUUACUACUUCUCUUGUUCUAUCCUUUCUCAUUAUUUUCUCACACUUUGUGAUUGAAAUCCAUGGAAAAAACAAACAAGUUGAAGCUCUUGACAAUCUUCACAAGGCAAAAUACAUAGAAAAUUCAGAAAUUGACAAGACUGAAUUUGAGGCACAAGAGAUUGUGUAUGACAUUGAUGCCAUUGCUGAUUCUCAAAAGGGUCUCAAAGAGAAAGAUAGAAUCAAGAAGCUUCCUGGUCAACCCUAUGUGAAAUUCUCUCAAUUUGGAGGGUAUGUUACAUUGGAUAAAUUGAGUGGUACUGCUUUUUACUAUUACUUUGUUGAAGCUCAUCAAUCUAAAGAAACACUUCCACUUCUUCUUUGGCUCAAUGGAGGUCCUGGAUGUUCAUCUCUAGCUUAUGGAGCAAUGCAAGAAUUGGGACCUUUUAGAGUAAACAGUGAUGGAAAAACACUUCACCAAAAUAGAUACUCAUGGAAUUAUGCUGCAAAUGUUUUGUUCUUGGAGUCUCCAGUUGGAGUAGGAUUUUCUUACUCAAACAAAUCAUCAGAGUAUAGUAGCAAUGGAGACAAGAAAACAGCUAAAGAUAAUUAUUUAUUUUUGGUAAAUUGGUUGGAAAGAUUUCCAGAAUAUAAAAAUAGAGAUUUCUAUAUUUCUGGAGAAAGUUAUGCUGGACAUUAUGUUCCUCAACUUGCUCAUACCAUUCUCUAUCAUAAUAAAAAGGCAAAUAAGACAAUCAUCAACCUCAAAGGAAUCUUGAUAGGAAAUGCAGUGAUCCAUGAUACAACGGACUCAACUGGAAUGUAUGAUUUUCUUGCUACUCAUGCUAUCAUCUCAGACAAAGCAGCUCAUUAUGUCAACAAAGUUUGUGAUUUCUCAUCAUCUGAUAAUCUCACUGCUGAAUGCAAUUCAGUUGCUGAUGAAGUUAAUGAAGAUAUUGCAUUCAUUGAUUUGUAUAACAUUUAUGCUCCACUAUGCAAGAAUGAGAAUCUCACUUCCAAGCCCAAAAAGAACACUAUUGUGACUGAUCCAUGCAGUGAGAAUUAUGUGUAUGCUUAUCUUAAUAGACCAGAUGUUCAAGAGGCUAUUCAUGCUAAUGUCACAAAACUCAAAUAUGAAUGGAGUCCAUGCAGUGGUGUCAUUGGAAAAUGGAUUGAUAGCUCUCCAACAGUUCUUCCUCUUUUACAUGAAUUCCUCAAUAACGGCCUCAGAGUUUGGAUUUUCAGUGGUGAUACAGACGGAAGGGUUCCUGUUACUUCGACUAAGUAUUCGAUUAAGAAGAUGAACCUUCCUGUUAAAACUGUUUGGCACCCUUGGUUAGCCUAUGGAGAAGUUGGUGGCUAUACUGAAGUAUACAAGGGAGGCCUAACAUUUGUUACAGUGAGAGAAGCAGGACAUCAAGUGCCAAGUUACCAACCAGCAAGAGCUCUUACUUUGAUUAAACAUUUCUUGGAUGGCACUCCUCUUCCUUCUCCAAAAAUAAAGGCAUAG